AUAGAAAUCAACUUCCGGUGACUGUGCAUUUACAAAAUUCAGAUUUUGGCGUUAAAAAGAAAGAAAAAUGCCGACAUACAAAGUGUCAGUGAAAUGGGGUAAAGAAAAGUUUAAUGAUGUAGAGUGUAAUACAGAUGAACUCCCAGAAGUAUUUAAGGCUCAGUUGUUUGCUCUAUCUGGGGUACAACCUGACAGACAAAAAGUUAUGAUGAAAGGGGCUGUCUUGAAGGAUGAUAGCUGGGGAAAUCUCAAAUUAAAAGAUGGUGCAACGUUGUUAAUGAUGGGAACAGCUGAUGCACUUCCAGAGGCACCAAAAGAAAAAACAGUUUUUAUGGAGGAUAUGUCUGAAGCACAACUAGCAAAUGCUUUAGAGAUGCCUAGUGGGUUAACUAAUCUUGGUAAUACUUGUUAUAUGAAUGCUACUGUACAGUGUUUAAAAUCUAUACCUGAAUUGAAUGAUGCCUUAAAAAGAUAUUCUGGAGGAUUAACAGUAGGAGGAGCUAUAGCACCAGCUGAUUCUAUUACAGCAGCUCUGAGAGAUUUAUAUCAGUCACUAGAUAGAUCUGGCACUGCCAUACCACCUAUUAUAUUCUUACAAAUAUUACAUAUGGCCUUCCCCCGUUUUGCUGAGAAAGGAGAAGAGGGAGGCUACCAACAACAGGAUGCUAAUGAAUGUUGGACAGAAAUAGUACGAAGUUUACAACAGAAAUUACCAGCAAUAGGACCAUCAAACUCUAAUACAGUUAAUACUGCUAGUAGUUCACAAGGUUUUAUAGAUCAAUUUAUGGGUGGAGAGUUUGAAACAGUAAUGAAAUGUAAUGAAGCUGAUGAUGAAAUAGAGACAAAGGGGUCAGAAAAGUUUUAUCAACUUUCUUGUUUUAUAGAAAAAGAAGUGAAAUAUAUGCAUACAGGUUUACGGUCGAGAUUACAAGAAACAAUAACAAAACUGUCCCCAACUUUAGGUCGUGAUGCAUUAUAUACUAAAUCUAGUAAAAUUAAUAGAUUACCAGCUUAUUUAGCCAUACAGUUUGUUAGAUUUUAUUAUAAAGAAAAAGAAUCAAUUAAUGCUAAAAUAUUAAAGGAUGUGAAAUUUACUAUGAGUUUAGAUGUAUAUGAUUUAUGUACACCAGAAUUACAGGCUAAAUUAGUACCAAUGAGAAAUAGAUUUAAAGAGCAAGAAGAUAAAUAUUUAGAACAGGCCCAACAGCUCAAACAAAAAGGGUCAGGAGAAAAACCAGUAGAAAAGAAGAAAAAAGCCGAACCUUAUUCUUUCCCUGAUGAUAUUGGUUCUAAUAACAGUGGUUACUAUGAAUUAAGUGCUGUGUUGACACAUAAAGGAAGGUCCAGUUCUAGUGGUCAUUAUGUAGGCUGGGUGAGGAAGAAGGGAGAUGAGUGGUUGAUGUUUGAUGAUGAUAGAGUAUCACCUGUCAUGUCUGAUGAUAUUCUCAAGUUAUCAGGGGGAGGUGAUUGGCAUUGUGCCUAUGUUUUAUUAUAUGGCCCUAGAAUACUAGAAGUAGACGAGGGAUCUGAAGCCACCCCAGAACCAAUGACAAGCUGAAUAUCUUCAAAUUGGAAUAGUGAGAGUGACCAUUAUUUAAAGGGAGGAUUGGGAGCAAGAGCCAAUUACUUGGUAAUAUAUGGAUACCUCAAAAUAUUGACUGUCAACCUUCAAUUCAUUACACUUUAUGACAUAUUCAUUGUUUGUAUGUGAUAUUAAACAAUAAAACAUUUACACUAUAGAAAAUAUUGAAAUUUCAAAUAGCUUUGUAAUACCAUUUUGUUAAAUGACAGUCAUCUACUGAUCUAUUGUCAUAGCUUUAAUAAUUCUGAAAGUGCUAUUUUUUUGUUUGAGAUUUGUUCACAGUAAAUAUGUGAAGAUUGAGUUUUGUUGAGCCAUUUGAUUCAAAUAAUUGUUAUAUAAUUUCUCAUUUCAUAAUAAUUUCUUGAUUAAAUUUCAACAUUUCUAAAUGU